AUGUGCUUUCUAGAAUGCUCAACAGGCAUCACCGUUGAAAACGGAAAUGUUUCAUACAAAAAUGUUAGUGAAUACCUGGACUACGCCCAAGUUACAUGUUCUCCUGGAUAUAGGAUUAAUGGGACGGGUGAUAACAACAACGUGAGCGAGUCAAUUCAAUGUCUGCAUACUGGUGACUGGAGUAAACCCCGAGGAUGUGAAAAGAAAGUAUGCGUAAACGGCGCCACUGUUGAAAACGGAAAUUUCUCCUACAAAGAUAACAAUGAAUACCUGGACUUCGCCAAAGUUACAUGUUCUCCUGGAUAUAGGAUUAAUGGGACAGAAUGUGCGCGCUCACUCGAUGUUGAAAAUGGAAGUCCCUCAUAUAACAACGGGGUCGAGUACCUUGCCUAUGCUGUAAUCACAUGCUCACUGGGAUAUAGAAUUGGUGGGAUAGGCGAUAACAACAAUGUGAGCGAGAGGUUACAGUGUCUAGAUACCGGGAGAUGGGAAAUACCAAAAGGAUGCGUUAAGAAAGAAUGCUCAAUUGACAUCAUAGUUUUAAACGGAAGUGUUGCGUACAUAAACGGCCGUAAAUACCUUGACUACGCUCAAAUUACGUGUUCGCCUGGAUACAGGCUUCAUGGGGCAAAUGAUAAUAACAACGUUAGCGAGUUAGUACAAUGUCUGCACACAGGAAGAUGGGAAAGACCAAAGGGAUGCGUCAAGAAAGAAUGUACAACUGGCAUCAUAGUUUUAAACGGAAGUGCUGCAUACAACGAAGGGCGUCAAUACCUUGACUUCGCUGAAAUUACGUGUUCCCUUGGAUACAGGCUUAAUGGGACAGACGAUAACAACAACGUGAGCGAGUUAGUACAAUGUCUGCACACCGGCAACUGGGAAAUACAAAAUGGAUGCGUCAGGAAAGGCAGGUGGUCUGAAGUGUACCUGAUAUGGUGA